CCCACACCAGGUUCUUCCCAUUUCCUUGACUCAGAACACCACACCACUACCAAGGGCAACAAAAGAAGCCGAGGCAGCCUCUGCACUCUGCAGUGCAAUUCCAGCAAAGUUCCCAGCAAAUCCCAAGAGACCAAGCCUUGAUAUUGCUGAAGUGAGCAAGCUUGGCUAAGUUCAAUGGAGGUGGCAGGAGCUGCGGCAAGGGAAGCAUGGUGGCUGCCGUGCUUCACCACGGUGGCGUCCUGCGCCGCUGGCUUCUUCUUCCUGCUCUACUUCUACUCGCCAUACUGGGGAGUCAGGGCCGUGCCCGGGCCGCCCGCCUUGCCCGUCGUGGGGCACCUGCCGCUGCUCGCCAGGCACGGGCCUGACGUCUUCGGCCUCCUCGCCAAGAAAUACGGCCCUAUCUUCAGGUUCCAUUUGGGGAGGCAGCCUCUGGUGAUCGUGGCUGAUCCGGAGCUCUGCAGGGAGGUUGGCGUCAGGCAAUUCAAGAACAUCGCCAACAGGAGCUUGCCGGCGCCAAUCGCCGGCUCACCUCUCCACCAGAAGGGGCUCUUCUUUACUAGGGACGAGAGAUGGUCAGCGACGAGGAACACGAUCAUCUCGCUGUACCAGCCGUCGCACCUCGCCGGCCUCAUCCCCACCAUGCAGCUCUGUAUCGAGCGCGCGGCGGAGGCCAUAUCGGCGGCGGCAGAUCGGGAGCAUGGCGACGUCGACUUAUCCGACCUCUCCCUCAAGCUGGCCACGGACAUCAUCGGGCAGGCGGCGUUCGGCGUCGACUUCGGCCUCACCGCGCAGGGCGCGAACGAAGCCGGCGGCGAGGGCGCAGACGAAGUGAGCGGCGAGGGCGCGGAGUUCAUCAGGGAGCACGUCCACUCCACCACCUCCCUCAAGAUGGACCUGUCCGCACCGCUCUCCGUCGUCCUCGGCCUCGUCACGCCGGGGCUGCAGGGUCCGGCGCGGCGGCUGCUUAGCCGGGUCCCGGGGACUGCGGACUGGAAGGUCGCGCGGACCAACGAGCGGCUGCGCGCGAGGGUGGACGAGAUCGUCGCGGCGCGGGCGCGCGGCCGCGGUCGCGAUGGCGAGGGGACGAGGGAUUUCCUGUCCGCGCUGCUCGACGCCAGGGAGCGCCGCCCGACGCUGCGGGAGCUGCUCACUCCGGACCACGUGAGCGCGCUCACCUACGAGCACCUCCUCGCAGGGUCGGCCACCACGGCGUUCACGCUGUCCGCCGCCGUGUACCUCGUUGCCGGCCACCCGGAGGUCGAGGCGAGGCUGCUCGCGGAGGUCGACGGGUUCGGGCCGCGCGGCGCCGUGCCGACAGCGGACGACCUGCGUCACAGGUUCCCCUACCUUGAUCAGGUCAUAAAGGAGGCGAUGAGAUUUUACACGGUUUCGCCACUGAUCGCUAGGGUGACGUCUCAACAAGUAGAGCUUGAAGGCUACACACUCCCAAAGGGAACGUGGCUGUGGAUGGCGCCGGGGGCCUUGUCGCGCGACGCGGCCAGCUUUCCGGACCCCAGCGCGUUCCGGCCGGAGCGGUUCGACCCGGCGUGCGAGGAGCAGCGUCGGCGGCACUCGUGCGCGCACAUCCCGUUCGGCGUCGGCCCGCGAUCGUGCGUCGGGCAGCGGUUCGCGCUUCAGGAGGUGAAGCUGUCCAUGGUGCACCUGUACCGGCGUUUCGUCUUCCGGCCGUCGCCGCGGAUGGAGUCGCCGCCCGAGCUCCAGUUCGGGAUCGUGCUCAACUUCAGGCGUGGCGUCAAGCUCGUUGCCAUCGAGCGGCGGGGCAACGCCGCCACCGCCUAGGCUCGUGUAUGGAUGGAUGGGUACAGGCAGCCCCAUUGCCGAAGGUGUAGUCACUUGGAAGUAACUGGAGCCUCUGGACGAUUAGAUUCAUGGAAAAUUUGGUGUAGCAUGUGCUUCGAUGCAAAAGUGAGACAGUAUGCUUUAGCCAUCCUGGGAUCUUGAGAAGAACGACGACGACGCGACAGUAAUUUUUCUGGCCGUGCUUGCAAUCAGGCAGGUUAGGUACAAGCAUGGCCGUGCUUAAACUGCUAGGCCAGAGGUUUCCAAGUGAACGUGUGAACAAGUAGGGGCAACGGGAGCGCACCACUUGGAAAGCUCAUGUGCAUAAAUGAAACAAGUGAAAUAAGCUAAGUUAAUAUGUAAUAAGCAUUUCACCGAACAGCUCAUGCGCAUAAAUGAAACAAGCUAU